CUAAGGUAGUAUAGUUUUGAAUGCCUCCAAGAGUUACUAUGUCUUCUACAAGGAAGCUUAUUUCAGUGUUUGGUCAUCAAUCAAGCAUCUCACACAAUUUAACCACCAUUAAAACUUCUUCUGAUGGAGCCUGGCAAGGUGAUAAUCCCCUAAACUAUGCCUUCCCAUUAUUGAUAGUUCAAACAAUCAUUGUCCUCUUCGUCACUCGCUCCCUCGCCUACCUCCUAAGGCCCCUUCGACAACCUCGAGUCGUUGCAGAAAUAAUUGGUGGAAUUUUGCUCGGACCGUCAGCUUUUGGCCGGAAAAAAGAAUUCUUUCAAAUAUUGUUCCCUUCGUGGAGCACUCCCAUACUGGAAUCAGUAGCCAGUAUUGGUCUUCUUUUCUUUCUUUUCCUUGUAGGUCUUGAGCUUGAUUUAAGCACGAUCCGCCAAAGCGGUAAAAGAGCUUUUGGGAUAGCAGUUGCUGGCAUCUCUCUUCCAUUUCUGUUCUGUGUUGGAGUAUCCUUUAUUCUUCGCAAAGCCAUUCAUGUUGAAGAAACAAUCUCUUAUGGUCCAUAUCUCUUGUUCAUGGGAGUCUCUCUCUCUAUUACUGCUUUCCCUGUUCUUGCACGCAUUCUUGCAGAACUUAAAUUACUUACCACGCAUAUGGGCCAAACAGCCUUAGCUGCUGCAGCUUUUAACGACAUAGCGGCAUGGAUCUUGUUAGCACUAGCUGUAGCCCUCGCCGGCGGGGAUUCAAAGAGCCCGUUAAUAUCCAUAUGGGUUCUCAUUUCUGGAGUUGCUUUUGUUGCUUUUAUGAUGGUGGUUGUCCAGCCUAUGAUGAACUGGGUUGCAAGAAAAUGUUCAAGCCAACAAGAUUUUGUAAAUGAAGCAUAUAUAUGCCUAACCCUAGCUGGAGUAAUGUUAUCUGGAUUUACGACAGACCUUAUAGGAAUCCAUGCAAUAUUUGGUGCUUUUGUGUUCGGUUUAACGAUCCCCAAAGGAGGAGAAUUUGCAUCAAGACUGACAACAAAGAUAGAAGAUUUUGUGUCGGGUUUACUUCUUCCACUUUACUUUGCUUCAAGUGGGUUAAAGACAGAUGUUGCUCAGAUCCGAGGAGUUGAGGCGUGGGGACUUCUGGUGCUGGUUAUAUCGACGGCAUGUGCAGGGAAGAUUCUGGGGACAUUUGCGGUGGCUAUGUUGUGUAUGAUUCCGGCAAGGGAAUCAUUGGCACUUGGGGUGUUGAUGAAUACAAAAGGAUUGGUGGAACUCAUUGUUCUCAAUAUUGGCAAGGAGAAGAAGGUUCUAGAUGACGAGAUGUUUGCAAUUCUAGUGUUGAUGGCACUGUUCACCACCUUCAUGACAACUCCAACAGUCAUGGCUAUAUACAAACCUUCGCGACGAAUAUGCAGAGUAGAGCGCCAAUCACCGUCGUUGAAAAACUCCCAAGAGCAGCCGAUGAAUCGGAUCCUAGCCUGUGUUCAUGGACCGCAAAAUGUAAAACCUCUUGUUAACUUGAUCAGCUCAACCUCAACCUCAGAUGCUACAAAAUCCUCCCUCAAGCUCUAUGUUAUGCACCUCGUUCAACUCACUGAUUGUUCAUCCUCUAUUAUGAUGGUUCAACGCACACGAAAGAAUGGUUUCCCUUUCACCAACAGCUUCUGUAGAGGCACCUCCAACUCCAAUGAUCAAAUUAAAGCUGCAUUUGAGGCGUGUCGCCAUGUCAACCAACUCAAAAUUCGUCACUCAACGUCCGUCUCGGCUUUGUCGACAAUGCACGAGGACAUUUGCCAUGUUGCGGAAGAUAAAAGUGUAGCCAUGAUUAUAAUGCCCUUCCACAAGCAGUGGAGAGAAGGUAAGGAAGAUGAACAUGGCUGGAUUGAGAUUAAUCAGAAGGUCCUCAAGACAGCAUCAUGCUCUGUCGCCAUAUUCAUUGAUCGGGGACUCGAGGGCAUUGAUCUAGAAACUCCAAUGCCAAGAAGGAUUUGUGUGUUAUUUUUUGGCGGUGGAGAUGACCGGAAGGCUCUCGAGAUGGGUGGUAGGAUGGCGGCACACCCAGCUAUUAGUAUGACUCUUAUAAGAUUCACAGUCUUGUCCAAAAUCUCGACCGAAGAGGAAAGUGACAUAGCAGCAGUAGAAGAGUUCAAAAGGUGUAACGGAUCAGUGGAGUACAUAGAGAAGGAUGUGAACAACAUAAUAGAACAAGUGGUAAAUAUAGGGCGAAGUGGAGCUUUUAAUCUUUUUAUUGUAGGAAAAGAAGCUGCAGUAGCAAAAUUGGCAGACAUUCAGACAGAGAAUGCCGGGUUAGGCCUUAUAGGAGACAUUUUAGCUUCAUCAAACAAUCGCAUAAAAGGAUCUGUGCUGGUAAUCCAACAAAACAACCCUGAACAUUCUAACGAGACCACCGGGUCAGAAAUCGCUAAAGGCAAACAAACUAUGCACACCAAUCUUUCGGUCUGACAAAAACAGUAAUGUACUUAUACCAAUGCGCAUCACCAGAACCAGUAAUUAGAUUUCGUUGCAAGUUCUAUAGCUCUAGUUCCAAGCCACAACCGAUUGUUCAGUUAGAAUUAUUGAAAUAAGUAGGUCGAACUAUGGACUACCGAUUGCUGUUAACUGAUAUAAUGGUGGUUGGGGAUUUGCAGUAUGUAUUUAUAAAUAUCUACCUGUAAUAAACAGUUCCUUUGGCUAAACACCAUCA